AUGCCUGUCACACGGGCAGAGACCGAGAAUGAUGAUGGUUUGAAUAAGGUCGCCGCUGGCAAGAUCACGGAAGUCCAAGGCGACUCACAUUUUUACGAGACGAUUACAGCAGCACCUCUGAAUGCAUGGUCUAAGACUAGUCUGCAGCUCUACGCUAUUCUUCUCGUUGCUGCACUUAAUGCUACAGCAUCCGGCUUUGAUGGGUCAAUCUUCAGCUCGAUUAACGCCAUGACCCAAUAUCAAUCAUACUUUCAUCACAAGGAGCUUGGGGCGACUACUGGAAUCAUCUUUAUGAUCUACACGAUCGGUAACAUGAUUGGCUCUCUUUUCACUGGCCCCAUCUGCGAUUUCUUCGGUCGCCGAGCUGGAGUCGCAUAUGCAAGUGCGAAGGCUGAUGGAGAACUUGCGUUCCGCCUACCUCUAGGCUUACAACUGCUACCUCCCGUCUUCAUCUUCGUCGGUGCAAUUCUGGUCCCUGAGUCACCUCGAUGGCUCACAAUGUGGGGCAAGAAGGAACGAGCCGAACAGAUCCUUGCGAAAUACCACGGAGGCGGUGACAUCAAUCAUCCUAUUGUCAGACUGGAAUUGCGAGAGUUUGAGCAAAGCAUUGAACUGCAGAAGACGUCAAGUAUCUGGAACUACUGGGCUUUGGUCAAUACGCAUAAUGCCCGAUGGCGUUUCACGAUGAUGGCCUUUAUGUCAUUCUUUGCCCAAAUGGCAGGCAACUCGGUGCUCACAUAUUACCUCCCAUCGAUGUAUACGCUUCUCGGGAUCACCUCUACUGAGCGCCGGCUGCUCCUAACGUUCAUGAAUUCUAUUGUUUCAUGUGCCGGGGCUGUGGCAGGGUCUGCUACCAACGACCGUAUUGGGCGCCGUACCAAGUUGUGGGUGGGCAGUCUAGUCCUUGCCGGGCUAUUCGCCGGUGUGACCGGUUUCUCGAGCCAGUUUGAAGAUAAGACAAAGACAGUCAGCACAAGUCUCUCCAACGGCGGUGUCGCAUUUAUCUUCCUAUUUGGUGCUGCGUAUUCGUUCGUAUAUACUCCGUUGACUGCGACAUACUGUGCCGAAGUCCUUGCAAACCACACUCGUGCGAAGGGCAUGGGAAUCCACGUUAUUAUGUCCAACUGUGCCAAUUUGUACAACACUUUUGUCACAGCAGUCGCCCUCGAGGCUAUAGACUGGAGAUACUAUCUUAUCUUUGUGGGAUUGAACGUUGUGUACAGCGCUGUCUGGUUCAUUUUCGGCGUCGAGACGCGUGGACGGACUCUCGAAGAGCUAGAUGAAGUGUUUGAUGCCAAGUGGCCGCCCCGUGCCGCACUCAGGAAGGCCGUCAUGGUUAAGAAGGACGACGGACACCUAGAGGGCAUUGGGGGUGAGAUUGAUGAAGGGCGUCAGGCGUGA